CUGCAUCAAGUGUCAUCACGAAUGACAUCACAAAAAAUGAUGUGAUCCCGAACGUCCUGAUGAUCCUUGUGAAAAACACGACAACUUUUGUCCCGACAAAAAGUUUAGAUGCAAAUUGCAAUUUCCCGUUUCCUGUGCGUUAUUACCAUCAUUUCUACGCUCAACCAACUUUGCAGGAACAGAAAAAGAGGAAAGUGCAUCGAAUGGAAUGUUGACUUCUCAAGAAUUCUUGUGCUUGUAUCUAUUAGCCAGUAAUCAUCUUUCUCAAUUUCACGCUUGGACCUUGCUACUUUUGUUUUCGCAGUGGCACCAGAUUACGAUUAGUCGAGAAGACCAGAUUUGAGAUUAUCCUCAACUGAAACACAAUCAAAAUGACGUCCUCCAAAAGCGAGCUGUUCGACUACCUCCGCAUGGCGGAGCAGCAGCUCCGCGUGAUGGACAGCGACACGCGGAUUCCCUUCCUCCGCACGGUGGUGCAGGAAUUGAAAAAUCACGAGCUGGAUUGCGUGACCCAGCAGCGUUGUUCCCGGAUUAUCGAGUACUUACUGAAGCAGAUCACCGAACUGGACACGUUUCGCCCCCUGUUCCUCUGCCUGCUCGGAAAAAGUGCUAGUAGCAUCGGGACUAGUGGUAGCACGUCGACCGCCGCGCGGGCGGGAACGGCUGGUGCAACGGGGGCGGGGGAAGUAGAGCAUGCGGAUGGCGAAGAACGCCAGGUAAUAUUUUUGCUAUGAUUUUUGUUGUACCUCGGAAUUUGAACUACAAUUUCUUUCAGGCUGCAACAAGAAUAUGCGCCCUAAGCUUGUUAAUACUUUUACUUGAUGGUCGUAGAUCACGUGAACGCGCAUGAUGGUGAUCUUCGCAUAUCAAUGAACGACCUAAUAAUUUCACCUAUCUGUGGAAUUAUUUCAAUUCCCUCUAUCUCCCUCCUCCAGGCCGGCCGCGUAUUCCAGAUUCUGGCCCAGAACCAGUACGGCAGUCACGUUUUGGAGACGCUGUUCGCCGUUGCAGCCGAGAAAGGGUUUCUGUUCGACCGGGCUAUCAUGGCCGCGGUGGACACGCUGGUGGCGGAGUUGCUGGAAAGCGGGGAAGAUGCUGAAGCGGAGCAGGAGGAGAUCUUGCAACAAGACCAAGAAACGGCCUUACAAUCGCAGCAACCACCAGGACAAGAGACCGACGUGCCCAAGAUGUUGCAACCAGCGACGAAAACUACAAAGAAGAACAGCGUUUUUCUCCAGAUCGCAGCUGACCGAUCGGGGACGCACGUGAUCCGGUCCCUGUUGCUGAUGCUCAGCGGUUUCGUCGUUCCUGUGGAGAAAAACAAAAAGGGGAAGAAGGCGGGCACUGGUUAUGGUUCUUACGAGAAUUAUAGCAACAAAAACGGCACAAGUACAAGUACAACAUCAAGUGGAAGUGGGGGCGGGGAUCAUAUCAAUGGGUUCAACUCAAAUUCCAAUCCUUACCUCCCCCUCAAGCGCGUCGACGUGGAGAAAUUGUUGCAACGCUUCACGGACUCUGCGCUCACUUUCGUUGCGGCGGGUGAUCAACAGAACGCCGAAGAUACUGGUGCAGAUGAACUGAGGACAAGCGGAAUAAAUCAAAGGCGAAAAGACGAAGAAGGAGAAACUGCUUUAUCUGCGACGCCGAUAACAACAAGUUUCCCUCCCCUCCUCACGCAGUCCCCGUUCUACUUUGGUCUUUUUUUCAAACUACUGCAGCAGCUGGUCGCAGAAUUGAGACACAAGAACAGUACCAGUAGUUCAUCUAGCGCAACCUUCAGCAAAGCUUCGUAUUCUUCGUCUCCUCUCAGCGACGCCCGGCUUGGCCCGGUAAUCGGCACAGCGGUUUCCAUCGCCGCCGACGCGGCUAGUUGUGUGGACGAAGAUAAUUUCUUUUGCGAGGCGUUGAGGAAGAACCAGCAGCACAAAAAGCUGCGGCAACUCUUGCAGCAGCUCUGCCAGGUCAUCAUCGCGGAAAAGGGUGAAGAAUUGCUAAACUGCCCGGUCGGAUCCAGGAUUCUGGAGGCGUGCUUCUCGGCGCAUAAAGCCGGGGUGCGAGUGGUGCAGACCUUUGUCAAGGAGGUCCUGUUGAAAGAAAGCAAAGGCGAAAAAGACGAACCUGAUCAUGCGGAGGAGGGAGCAUCAGAAAAAGACAGAACGACCUUUUUCGAGCAGCUUGUCCGCGACGGGAAACGAAAAACAAGUGCGGGAAUAAAAUUUUCAAAUUCCAACCCCUACGUUCUGCUCGUGAUCCAAAGGCUCCUGGACGUCCUUGGACACAACAAGCAGACGAACAGCAAAGACGCACAUUUACUGGAAUUGCUGUUGCAGAAAACGAACUUUGCCGAGUGGCUCGCGGUGGGACGGGGACGAGAGAAGAACAACAGCAAUCUGAACAACAAUUCUGCAAAGUACCAAAUGGUCGCGGCAAAAUUGCUGCAGUGCUGCGUGCGGGUCAAUGCGCAUUUCAAAACCGCGGCGGGAAAAUUCUGCAAGGCCUGCUUCGAUAUAGCGACAGAUGUUGGACAAGAAAUAGCAGGCACAACAAGAAGUGGCUCAGAACUUCCACGAGGUACAAGAAGUGCAACCGACAUAAUUAACGACGCAAAUAAAACUACAUCCUCUUGUUCGACGUCGUCUUCGUCAAAAAUGAAGAGAACGACCAAGAAGCAUGUCAGCAAAGAGCAAGCUGGUGGCCCUCCUCCUGAUGGAGCUAAUAAUUCUUCUGUUUGGCUGCAAAUCCUGUACCUCGGGGCCGUGCCGGCAUUGAGCAAGAAAAACACCUGCAAAAAACAAGCGGCUUCAUCAGCAGACAGUGCCGCAGCACCAGAAGCUGCAGAAAGGGCAGCUGUCGACGUUGCUGUUGUUGAUGAUCCUUAUCAGCCACCGACGUACACUUCCGACCCUCCCGCCGCGGGUAUUGUCGCGCUCACCGCGUUACCCUGUGCAAAAGUAUCGUACUCGUAUAAAUCCACCACCAUUUUCAUGCAUAAACUGUCGAAGAAGUUGGUGAGAAGUCGGUCGCGAAGUUGGUCGUGAAGUUGGUGCGGAAGUCGGUGAGAAGUGGCGCGGCGUGCUGGCGUCGUUCUCGCCUCGACCAAGCGACGCGUCACGCCACUCGCUCCGUCGCUGCGAGUUAUGUCGUGCUCGUUGCUCCCAGUUGCCACUUCAGCUGCAAGAGCGGAGAACAGCGCUGCAGUUAAAUGGAGAGAAGACCGCACUCACAGUCUUGCUCUGUCCAUUUACUCGCAGCGCAAUUUCAUCUCUUCGCACGACGGCACCAGGCGCGAAGCUGUAUGGAAGAGGCGGCCGACAGCGCGAGCGCGAUAUCUGCGCGCACCCGUCUGGUCUGCGUGCAGCCAUCAAAGACGCAAGCGCCAGAAGCGGAGCGGAGGAAAGCUGCCGGCGACGAUGUGGACUUGCGCAGCUCUUCGGCGCGCAAGCUCUGCGCCUAGUUCGUUAAUUAUCUAAGUAAUUGAAUAUUUUAUAAUUAGGGCGCGGCGGUCUACGAAGACGCACUGGAACCCUUGGGCCAGUUCGUGUCUAAACACGCCAAGGCCGUGGACCCGGGGGGCCCCACCUGCUUCCGAGGAAAAAACCCACGCCGCAUCGACAUAGCCGCAGUGGGUUGCCGCGCGGCGCACAUCAAGGACAUCGACGUCCAGCGUGUCCAGAUACCGACUGGCAACGCGUAUGAUUGUGCUAUGCUUGAGAAGGGUGAGCCCCCUAGAUGGCAAGAGGCGGACCAUCUUGCCAUCUUGCUGAAAGUCUGGUGGCGCCAGACAGGCCAGCCGCAGGCGCUUGACGAGGAAGAAGAGCGCAAGCGGCUCCCGAGGAUUCAAGAGCGACAGCAAACCAGCGCGCGGCUUGGGUUCAACGCGAAGCGCGCCGACUUAGUUCCACGCACGGAAACGGCGGAAAGCAGGGCGAAGAUCAUCAAGGAUCGCUCCGAUUUCGCAGAAGAUGUCCCGUUCCAAGCGAUCACCUCGUGGAAAAGGAAGACAAAUCCGAAAGAGCAGCUGGAGCCGAUAUUCCAGGCCGCUGAAAUGCCGGACGUGGCGUCUGUCGGACUGGUAGGCGCGCAAAGUUGGGCCCAAGACACCCUACUAGAUGCAAAAGCCAUCUCAAAGCCGCCACAGAAGAUGGGCGACAGCAUGCGCGCGUUGUUCGAGCGGGCAAACCAAAGGCGAACGAACAAACGCGGUCGGAGCAAGUCCCAAGGCAAGGGCGCGAAGCGAAAGAGAGAGGGGGAGCCACAGCCCGGCACGCUGGCGGAGAUAAGUGACGAGAUGUAUGCAAAGUGGGAGGCGUCCUUCCAAGCGGCCGGCAAGCGUGACUUAGUCGGCGACGUCUACUCCAACGCACGCCAAGCACGAGACGAAGUGCGUGGAAAGGGCCGAGGCGCCCCAGUUUCGCAAGUGACGGAACUAGACGUCGGUCUGCCUGAUGAGCCGAACAUCGUCCAAGGCUUGGAGCAGUGCAUAAAGUAUCUCGCUGCGUGGCACUUGCUGAAAGGCGAGGACGUGCGGAUAAACAACGGCAAGGAGCACACAUACUCGGGCGAGGAGUUUCGCAAGAUGCUCGAUGAGCUGACAGCCGCCUGCAAAUGGGUUCCACCGAUUACGGUGACUGGCAAGCAGCUGCGCCAGCACCUGCAGCGGGUAAGCCCGGAAGCCGCGGGCAUUGACGGGGUGCGGCUGAAGGCUUUUCAGUCGCUGACUGACGCACAGCUCGACAACCUGGCCAACGGGUAUACGAGCUUCCUCGCGCAGAUCGCGACAAGCCCUUGGCUGCCGGGGAUGGAAGAUAUCGACCUCCCGCCAGCGUUAGCAGCUACAGAGGUCGAAAUCUUGCGAAAGUCUGGCGUCCCAACGAAAGAUGUCAAGAAAUUUCGCACCGUCAUCCGCGGCACAGCUGUCAUGCGUGUGUUGAUGGGCUACCUGGCCUAUUUUAUGACGCGCGUAGCUGAUCUCGGGGACAGCUUCACGAAGGCGGGAGCGGCAGGAAAGCCCGCGGCCUCGUGCGCCGUCACGGUCUGGCAGAUCUUGGAAGCGUGUUUUGGCGAAGGCCUUAUGCAGGGUGACGAAGACGUGGCGAAUCAAUCGGGCCAGGGAUCGCAACCCGGGCAGCAGCCAGAUACAAACCCACCCGCAGCGGCGGCGAGCUCCAGCGCGAGCAGCAGCAGCACCGCGAACACACACAGCGCAGCGGCCGCGGUAGAGGAUAUUUGGCGAAAGGUUUUGAUCGGUCUGGAUGCAAGCAACUACUACAACAGCAUCGCACUACCCAGCGCAAUUCGAGCGUACAGACGAGCCAGACUUCACCCAGUCUUUAUCAAGCUAGUUGCGAUGAUGACUUGGAAAAAGGAGAUCUACCUCCGCAACGGAGAUGUCCACGGCAAAGUGCUCCACCAUCGCGAUAUGGUUCAGGGCGCGGUGGAAACGAUGCUCGCGGGGGUAUUGUUGUAUAUGCCAGGCGUGGAAGCGAUCCACGACUUCCCUCAGGAGUGUUUCGACACAGAGGGACGAGUUGCAAAGGAAAAAAUCCAAGGCGCCAAGGAUCGCCUAAGGUGGAAAAUCCGCCAGAACUACAAGACAGCUGAACUGGACACGUCCUUCCCACCGUACAAAGUAGCAGAAGAAGUUGACGAGAUUUUCCUGGAUCCUCGGCUGCAGGGCGGCUUGUCGACCGGGUAUCGCCGAAAAAAGGAACGAGAAAAGCGCGGCGCAAGAAAAGUGCGACUAGUCGUGUACGAAGGAAAGCUAGAAGAAUCGGAAGCAUCGCAGCAAAAGCGCCAGGUCUUGGCCGUGCAGUUUGUUGAUGAAUGAUGGCACACUAGUCCUACGCUUUCACAAGAGUGAUACAGACCUGGUGCUGUCCUUGCUGCGGGAGAUCAGUAAAAGCUACGAACAGAUCUACAGAGCUGAAAGCCAGUUCUUGGCUCCGAGUAAGUGCGAGAUGCUCACAUCAGCGCCGGAGCAGGAGGCCCGCGCUUUGGUAAACGCUUUUACGCCAUUCGGCGUCCGCUUUCAGCGCAAGAAAAUGACGAAAAUCCUUGGCGUGCUGAUAAAGCUGACGAGCGUGGAGGAGCAACGCUUGACCCUACGAAAGCAGCUGGCGUCGUCGAUAGGCUUCGCGCAACACCUGACCGCGCGCGUGGUGUCAACUCAAUGCGGGAGAAGAUCUCGGGCGAGAAACUAAGAUGGACAGUGAUGACGUUCUACAUAGCCCCGCUAGUGUACAUCUUGCCGGCGCUGCGUCUAGUUCUGACCCCGGGCGACUGGGCGGAACUCUUGACAGAAAUGUCAACAUCCAUAGCGCAAGCACUGGGCUUCCGAAGUGAGUGUUGGAAAAAGCUUAACGAAGUCGCGGGAACAACGCCGGAGACGUUCUACCGAGUCAUUUUUUCAGCGAACGCCCUCGCACUAGUCGACCCCUUCCUCCUAGGAACAAAAAUUUUGAGAGGACUCUCCCAAAAGAACAUCCUUACGGACAUGGAUGGACUGGUUAGAUGGGCGACUUUCCCGGUGCGCAUCUUGGGCGAAGGUCUGGCGGGAGUCAACGAAGCUGACACAGCUGCAAUCGAAAAUCGACGACGGGCGGACCUAGCACUGGUCACAGCACUUGUCGACGGAGCAAGCACACGCCUGCCACGCUCUUCCGACCUGCGGGCGUGCGGAAUAGUUCCGGACCGUUCCGAACUCGUCGACCCACAAGCGAAGGCACACACCACGAAGACGGUGUCCAUAGUCGUCCACACAGACGUAGGCACGACAGUAGCCUGCGAAAUGGAGAAAAUGGGCAAAGGUAUCCCGGUGCUGGCGGCAAAGACCAACGGCGCGCACCUCGAGACCGAGGAAAGAGAGGAAGAGCAGCGCUUCGCAGCCUACUGCAACAGCGCGAUAGUGCUUAUGGAUUCCAUAGCGUCCUGGCCUCAAACGACCAAGGUCUGCUUCCGGCUAGAAGACUGCCGCAGGCUCUGGAUCAAAACACGGGGCCCACUGCGCAGGGGCCUAGGGAUUGUGCUCGCGCUGGUAGAAAGAAUCGAAGCGGUGCAAAAGCUCGGACGCGUGGUAAUAAAGCAGCGUAAGUACGACGCGGACGAAGACAGAUCAUGGGUGACUGCCACAGCGCCCCCCGUGAUCUCUACCGGUCUGACGGUAGUGAAUGUAGCUGACCACGACUGCUACGCCGACUGGCCUGUUUUUGACUAUGGUGAAGAUGCCUUCAAGUUCGAACCGGUACAGCGUUGGCCGGAAAUGAGCAGGCGCGAGCGCACGGAAUUCCUCACAGCAGCACUGCUAGGCAACCAGGAGCAAGCGCAAAACCUGAGCGAGGCGGCCGCGCACGGCGCACAGGCAAGCAGCGGCAUACUAGCACGGGCGCAGGAAAAACAGGCCAAAGGGGAAGACCAGCCAUGGUGGGAAGAGAACGCCGAACAGAUAAAAAACAAAUUCCACCCGCAAGGCUGGGACCACCUUGACGAGGACGCGCUUGCAAAAUCCCUUAGCAAGAUGCUGGAGGUGGACGAACCACCCAGCGCGUCCAGCUCAUCAUCCUCGAGCUCGGGGCCCCCAGGCACGAAAGGGACAGGGAAAAACCGCAAACGGGCGCGGAGCAACUCGGGGGACUGGGGUGAGCUUCGAAGUCCGGAACCAGCGACGCCAGGAAACGACCCAGCACCCGAGAAGCAGGCGGCACAGGAAACGCAGGAGAGCCGGGAAGAGAGCCCCAAGAUAGGGUCGUUUUUCCGCGACUCGCCGGGGUCCAAGUUCAGACGAGGACCAUGGAAGUCGCUUUUCUGAGCAAGCAACUUCUUCUACUUCAAAAAUUAAACCUCUUCCAAAAAGCUACAUCUUCGAAAAAGACACUACUUCUACUGCAAAACAGACACUACUUCUUCCUCUUCAUGAAACAGGGAAGCGAUACUGUUUCACCAAGGAAAGCCAAAGAGCAAAAGAAAAACAUAAGGCACCAGAAAGGGACCUACAAGCAGCCAGGCGCAGUUGUUCUGUUCGGCAAGAACGAGCGAAAAACUCAAAGGGCAAAGCCCAGGAGCGAAAACAAAAAACGCGUGUCAACGCACAUGGCGCGCCCGUCCCUCCUGCUCGUGUCAUCUUUCUCCCUGGCGCAAGGUGGGACCUUGUCGCCAGGAUGUCUCCUUGUCUGCGCCGUCGCCAGGUCCUGCCGCGUGCUUACGGGUAUCCUUGUGUGAGCGAAUGGCCACAGUUUGCAUGAUGCACAGCUCCACGGCGUGGAGUUGUGCGUGGCAAGAAGCGAACUACAGUACAUGCGUUUUUGUAUGGAGCACUCGUCCUCCCUUUUGCUUUAGCCGAAAAGGCGAAUGGCAGCGAUUUGAGGGCCGCUCGUUAGCUCUAUGCGCUAGUACGCUAGUAGGCAAGUGAGUCGCGCUGUCUCCGGGGGGCGUUCCCUGGUCUCACUUUACAACCAAAAACUUAGCAGGGAAAGGAUCCAUGUGCCGGCUUGGGAGGUCGGUGCGUGCUUCUUCUGGCCAAGCUCGUCCAGAAGUAAUCACUGACUGUGGGACGUCGUUCAUGUAUGUGCUGCGUCAUGGCAUACGCAGCGGGUCCGGUGCUCGAGCUUUAGCGACCGAGCCGCUGUGGAGCUUAAGUGCUCCCCGCGCCGGACCUAAAAAACAAGGCUCAUUGCCUCGGCUCGGUCGCUGACCAGACCCGCCCUACACUUAUGCUCAGUGCUGCGGUGUGUGCGUUUUUGGUCCCCCCUGAACGACGUGUGUGAGAGUGUGGCCCACACCCAAGUCCGAAAAAGCCUAGCCUUAUAACAGCCGCGCCCUUAUGGUAUAGAUCAACUGUUCGCCAUAGAGGAUCGGCGUUCAGCUGCUCUCGGGCUGGAGGAGGGAGUAGCGCGCAGCAGUCCGCUAAAGGGCACACUGCCAGCAUCGUCGUCGUCUUGUUUGUUUUUGCAAAAAAUGCAAUUGUGCGUGCUCCCUACAUCAAUUAAUGCUAUAACUCCUUUGGUACUUCUCAACAACCUCUCUACGCACUUCUCAGCAGCUUCUCGACGCACUUCGCGCCGAGCUUCAAGCUUUUGGAGGCGUCACGCAAGUUUUGCGUGAUGCCUCCAAAAGUUUAAAGCUCGCCGCGAAAUGCGUCGAGAGACUCAAACUGUUGACGAGUGCGUGGAGAGGUUGUGCUUUUCAUGUGCAGGAGCUCGAAUAAGGUUUCCUGCUGCAAGAGGUUUUCAAGCUAUCUGCCACAAGAUUAGCACUUCCGCGCGCGAGGCCGCGGCCGAAGUAGGAUCACGGGGGCUGAUUCGUGACUGCGCACGCGGCCACAAAUCGGGGCCCGGGGUAUUCGUCUUCAGACGGCUUGGUAGGGGCUUGGUGUGGAUUUCAACUCCGCGCCAAGCUUCCCAAGCAACAACCGCGGCAUGCGGAGGUCUACACCAACUUCUCAACGGUUCUUGAGAAGUUGGUGAAAAGGUCUGUCGGAAAUUGGCGAUAAGUUGGUGAGAGGUUGGUGAUAAGUUAUUUGCAUGCCAGUAGCGGAUUUAUACGAGUGCGAUACUUUUGCACAGGAUACGCGUUGCUCAGCUUUCCGGAUAAGUGCGUGCCGUUUUUAACCGCCGAGAAGGAGAUCAAGCUGCUAGCAGCAGCUGUCUUCCCCCUCGCGAUGAAGGCGCCACGCAUGGUGGAGGAAAUUUUGAAAACCCCCCUGCUCAAUGGCAGCAUGAAAACGAAGCUGAUUGGCGGCUUGCUGGAGGAAGGAAAUGGCACAACAAGCACAAGAGCAUCCAGGGGCGCUGCCAGCAGUCAUUCUCAGCCUCAGUCUUUUCCCACAAAAAUAAUUCCUCUCGUCCACCUCGCUUUGCAGCGGCGGACCGGCUGGGUAGCCACCGCCGCAUGGAAGAACGCGCCUUCGGCGAAGCAGAAGGAACAAAUUGCGACGAUCCUCGUGAAGUUUGAAAAAGAGCUCCGCGAGCAGAACAUCGCCGUGUGGAAGGGCUGCGAACUGCACGCAUGGAAAACCCGACACGUGGAGUGGAAGACCAAACACGAAAUGCAGGACAAGAAAAAACAGGUCUUCGCGGACAUUUUGGACCGGGACAUCGUGGUGGCGGGUUCAUCAGCGCGAGGAGGACGGGGGGCGUCGGGUGCUGGGGAGAAAUUGAAGAAGAAGAUCAUGGCCAAGGUGGACAAGAAGGGCAAUCAUGCUGACAGCAAAACUCCUGUUGCGAAAACCAGCGUUGGGGAAAAGAAAAAGACGAUGAAAAAAAGCGGAAAGAUAAAGACCCAGAAGGAUCUUCUUGCCGGUGCAGAACAUGCUGCGACAGAGCAAGCCGUGCCUGCUGCGGUGGUUGCUGCGCACGAGAUUUCUGUGUCAAAAACAGAUAGAUCUUCUGCAACAGCAGGUACUGCGACGCCGGCCUCGGGUGAAACUGAAAACAAGAAUUCAUCAAACAAGCGCAGGAGUGCCGGGAACAGCAAAAAUUCAGGACCGUCGGCGGGAGAGAGAAAUAAAAGCGACGUCGAGCAGACGAAGGACAACAGUACCGCCGCAUCUACUGGAGUUGCAACUGCAAGCGUGGAUGACAGUCUGGCGAAAGUGCUUGCCUUUCUUCAGCCGGGAGGCACUGGGUCGUCGGGUGCCGCCUCCGGGAAAAACGGAAAAGCGAAAAAGCAGAGGAAGGAGCUAUAAUAGGGUGCAAAUUCACGGAGGUCAUGGUCAAGGAUCGAAAUAAAAAAACGCUACUACGAAGAAAAAGAAAAACCAAAACGACUCUACUUGCGUAGGGUAUGGGAUUGGUAUUGGUUCAUGGUUUGCUCUUGCUGACCGCGUAGUUCGCUGUUCAUAUAGUACGAUGCACAAUUGUUUUUAACCACGAUCAUCAUGAUCAGUUGCUCCAAACUCGCACC